GUGUGCAAGUUGCAGGCAAGGGGUGCCCGCUCCUUGCGUGCUCUUCGUGCUCCCGGCUCCUCACUCCUUCCCCCUCCUCCUCGCCUCCUCCCUCCCCGCCCCCACCUCCUUCCUCCUCUCCGAAGGGCUGGUAACUUGUUGUGCGGAGCGAACGGCGACAACGACGGCGCGACGGAGGCACCAUCCGGGCGGGCAGCAUGGGCACGUCCGCGCGCUGGGCGCUGUGGCUGCUGCUCGCGCUGUGCUGGGCGCCCCGGGACAGCGGCGCCACUGCAAGCGGGAAGAAAGCCAAAUGUGAUAACUCCCAAUUCCAGUGCACAAAUGGUCGCUGUAUUACUCUGCUUUGGAAAUGUGAUGGAGAUGAAGACUGUGCGGAUGGCAGUGAUGAGAAGAACUGUGUAAAGAAGACAUGUGCUGAGUCUGACUUCGUGUGCAAAAACGGCCAGUGUGUUCCGAACAGAUGGCAGUGUGAUGGGGAUCCUGACUGUGAAGAUGGUUCUGACGAGAGCCCAGAGCAGUGCCAUAUGAGAACAUGCCGCAUUAAUGAAAUCAGCUGUGGCGCCCGUUCUACUCAAUGUAUCCCAGUGUCCUGGAGAUGCGAUGGUGAAAAUGAUUGUGACAAUGGAGACGAUGAAGAAAACUGUGGCAACAUAACGUGUAGUGUGGAUGAGUUCACUUGCUCCAGCGGCCGCUGCGUCUCCAGGAACUUUGUGUGCAAUGGCCAGGAUGACUGUGACGAUGGCAGUGACGAGCUAGACUGUGCGCCUCCAACCUGCGGUGCCCACGAGUUCCAGUGCAGCACCUCUUCUUGCAUCCCCCUCAGCUGGGUGUGUGAUGAUGACGCAGACUGUUCUGACCAAUCAGAUGAGUCUCUUGAGCAGUGUGGCCGUCAGCCUGUGAUACAUACCAAAUGUCCCACCAGUGAGAUCCAGUGUGGCUCUGGCGAGUGCAUUCACAAAAAAUGGCGGUGUGAUGGAGACCCUGACUGCAAGGACGGCAGCGAUGAGGUCAACUGUCCUUCUCGAACCUGCAGACCUGACCAGUUUGAAUGUGAAGAUGGUAGCUGUAUCCAUGGCAGCAGGCAAUGCAAUGGCAUCCGAGACUGUGUUGAUGGCUCUGAUGAAGUCAACUGCAAAAAUGUCAAUCAGUGCCUGGGCCCUGGAAAGUUCAAGUGCAGAAGUGGGGAAUGCAUAGACAUCAGCAAAGUAUGUGACCAGGAACAGGACUGCAGGGACUGGAGCGACGAGCCCCUGAAGGAAUGCAAUAUCAAUGAAUGCUUGGUCAAUAACGGUGGCUGUUCCCAUAUCUGCAAAGACCUAGUUAUAGGCUAUGAAUGUGACUGUGCGGCUGGGUUUGAACUGAUAGAUAGGAAAACCUGUGGAGAUAUUGAUGAAUGCCAAAAUCCGGGGAUCUGCAGUCAAAUUUGUAUCAACUUAAAAGGCGGUUACAAGUGUGAAUGUAGUCGUGGCUAUCAAAUGGAUCUUGCCACUGGCGUGUGCAAGGCAGUAGGCAAAGAGCCAAGUCUGAUCUUCACUAAUCGAAGAGACAUCAGGAAGAUUGGCCUAGAGAGGAAGGAAUAUAUCCAACUUGUAGAACAACUAAGAAACACGGUGGCCCUCGAUGCUGACAUCGCUGCUCAGAAGCUAUUUUGGGCUGACCUAAGUCAAAAAGCCAUCUUCAGUGCCUCAAUUGAUGACAAGGUUGGUAGACAUUUUAAAAUGAUCGACAAUGUCUAUAAUCCUGCAGCCAUUGCUGUUGAUUGGGUGUACAAGACCAUCUACUGGACUGAUGCGGCUUCUAAGACUAUUUCAGUAGCUACCCUAGAUGGAGCCAAGAGGAAGUUCCUGUUUAACUCUGACUUGCGAGAGCCUGCCUCCAUAGCUGUGGAUCCGUUGUCUGGCUUUGUUUACUGGUCAGACUGGGGUGAGCCAGCUAAAAUAGAAAAAGCAGGAAUGAAUGGAUUUGAUAGACGUCCACUGGUGACAGAGGACAUCCAAUGGCCUAAUGGAAUUACACUGGACCUUGUCAAAAGCCGCCUCUACUGGCUGGAUUCCAAGUUGCACAUGCUCUCUAGUGUGGACCUGAAUGGUCAAGAUCGUAGGAUAGUGCUCAAAUCUCUGGAGUUCCUAGCUCAUCCUCUUGCGCUCACCAUAUUUGAGGAUCGUGUCUACUGGAUAGAUGGAGAAAAUGAAGCAGUAUAUGGUGCCAAUAAAUUCACUGGGUCAGAGCUGGCCACACUAGUGAACAAUCUCAAUGAUGCCCAAGACAUCAUUGUCUACCAUGAACUCGUCCAGCCAUCAGGUAAAAAUUGGUGCGAAGAUGAUAUGGAGAAUGGAGGAUGUGAAUAUCUCUGCCUGCCAGCACCACAGAUCAAUGACCACUCUCCAAAAUAUACCUGUUCCUGUCCCAAUGGCUACAAUCUCGAAGAAAAUGGACGACAGUGUCAAAGUACUUCAACUCCUGUGACUUACAGUGAGACAAAAGAUAUCAACACAACAGAUAUUCUUCGAACUAGUGCACUGGUUCCUGGAGGGAUCAAUGUGACCACAGCAGUAUCAGAAGUCAGUGUUCCCCCAAAAGGGACUUCAGCUGCCUGGGCCAUCCUUCCCCUCUUGCUCUUAGUGAUGGCAGCAGUAGGUGGCUACUUGAUGUGGAGGAAUUGGCAGCAUAAGAACAUGAAGAGCAUGAACUUUGACAAUCCCGUGUACUUGAAGACCACUGAAGAGGACCUGUCAAUAGACAUUGGUAGACACAGCGCUUCUGUAGGACACACAUACCCAGCAAUAUCAGUUGUAAGCACAGAUGAUGAUCUGGCUUGAGUUCUGGACAAGUCUGAUCUGUGAGUUCUACACCAAUAACACCCCACUCUGGAAUGGUCACAGAGCCAGCGCUGAAGUCUCUUUUCUUCCUCCCAUCUGGAAGAACAUCAAGAUAUCUUUUUGUGGAUCAAGUUUGUGUACUUGAUCAUUUUUAUAUUACUUUUGUAAAUAUUCUUGGCCACAUUCUACUUGAGCUUUGGAUGUGGUUACCAAGUAUCUGUAACCCUUGAAUCCCUAGACAGUAUUGCCAUCUCUGGCCAAAUAUGCACUUUCCCUAGAAAGCCAUAUUCCAGCAAUGAACUUUGUGCUAUAGUGACUCCCACCUGUACAUACAUUGUAUAGGCCACCUGUACAUAUCCCAGAGAACAAUCACUAUUCUUAAGCACUUUGAAGAUAUUUCUAUGUAAAUUAUUGUAAACUUUUUCAAUGGUUGGGACAAUGGCAAUAGGAUAAAACGGGUUACUAAGAUGAAAUUGCCAAAAAAAAAAAAAUUUGUAACUAAUUUUGUACGUAUGAAUGAAAUCUUUGACCUCUGUAGAGGUUUGCAAAGACUGACUUCAAACUACUGUACAUUUUUUUUCAAAUGCUAAAAAAUUAAACCAAGCAGCUUAACCAUGGUUUUGAUUAUUCCUCUAAGAUGAGCUUCUGGGAAUAGUAGCACCAAAUGUCCUGGACAUCUAAGCUAUAGUUAGUUCUUGAUAUUGUAUACCUAAGCCCAUAACUGAGCUAGUAUCUUUAACAACUAAGAACUAGCUAACCAUUAAGUACCAUUUAAUAUUCGUUCCCCCAAAUCUAUCACUUCCUUCUUUCCUUCCUUCCUUUCUUUCUUUGCUGGCCUCAAGCUUGUAAUGCUCCUGCCUCAGCCUUUCUACUUCUAGAAUUACAUGUCUUCACCACUACAUCCUGCCCAUGUACUUUUUAUUUUAUAAAUGUCACUGUCUUCCCAGAAUUCCUUUCUUUAACAGAAUUCUUUUUCUUACUUUUUUCUCCACAAUCGAGAAACACAUGCCAAGAUUCUCCUGAGUUUUCUUGCUUUGUUGUCCAUGUUGUUUUGUUAUUUGUAGGUUAAAGACAAGUGCCUUCUAUGGCAUGGGAAAGGGCUUUAUUCUUAUAAGAGUCUGGCCUUUCUCAACCAUGAAGAUGAGUAGGAAGGAUACUGGGAAGCUUCGCUGAAGAAUCUAAGUUGCAGUUCUUAGCCUGUCCCAGGAACAGCAGCAUGGGCUGCUAGGAACUUAACAGAAAUGAGAACUCUUGGUUCUCAUCCCAAACCUACUUAAUCAGAAACCCUAGAAAUACAGACCAGGAAACAGUUUUCACAAAUUCUUCAUAUACUUUGGAUAUAACAUAAAGUUUGACAAAAGCUAUUCCGAUGUGACUUUUUAUGGAGGGUAUAACUGUAAUGUGUUGAAAAUUGUCAGUGUGGUAGCAUCAAACAUGUAGACAUGGUCUUUCUGUGGAGAAUUUGUGAAACUUUGUGUAAAGGACAGACAAGGAGUUGGAGAAGAAAAAGUGGUACUGUGCCAAGGGAAGAUUUUUGUGAGUUUUCCAUCACAUUGGCCAUCGCAUCCUGACUCAAGACUCAUGAUUCCUGGAAGUGAAGAAAGAUACAAAGCUUAAAACACAGACAAGAUACUCUGACUCUACCAUGACGUGGUCACUGUAAAAAGUUGCUGGUUCCCUGGGAUGAAAUGACUGAGCCAGCAUCUGAAAUAGUCAAGGUCAUAUCAUUAUUUUUUUUAAAAACCUUGUCUCUUCUGUAAAAAUCCAAUAUUAGGUAGAACUUACUGUAAUUUGAAAGUCACAAAGUCAUUUAUAAAAAUGAAGUACUUAAAUAUUGACCAAGUAUUAUUAAGUAUUGCUAGAGUAGCUAGUUAUCUGCUGAGACUGCUAAUUGAAUUCAAUGUAUAAUAGUUCACAAGGGAUAAGAACCCUGGCCUUUAUCACCCAAACAAGACCUUAAGAACUCUAUAUGAGAUGGGUUGACAUAAGUUGUUGAGUCUCUAGAGCAUCAGUUUUCAACUUGUGGGUUGCAACCCCUUUGAGGGUGGGGGACCACAUAACAGAUAUGCUGAAUAUCAGAAAUUUCAAUUAUGAUUUAUAAUAAUAUCAAAUUUAUAGUUAUGAAAUAGUAAUGAAGUAAUCUUAUGCUUGGGGGUCACCACAACAUGAGGAACUAUAUUAAAGACUCAUGGCAUUAGGAAGGUUGAGAACCAUUGCUCUAGGGCUCAGCGUAUUCGAUAAUUCCUUAAGGGGUAAAAUAUGAAAUAUCAAAUCCUAAAAAGGAUAUUUAUCAUUAAAAUAGCUUACCAUGAGGCAACUGUAAGUGGAACAUCUGGGGACUUGAGAAAUAGCUGCUAAGUAUAGAAAAAAAAUAACAGAUUUGUGGACCCUGGUAAAGAAAUUCAGCUGAGUCUCAGUCCAAAAUUUUAAGAGGUUGAUGCAAGCUGCAUACUCUUUAAGAUGCAGGCCUCAUAUAUCACCAGGUCCCUUAGCAUACUCUAACAGCUACUCUGAAGAUGUGGCAUCAUUUGUGAGUCUUUGGAUCUGGGUAAAUAGGGAACAAAACUAGUUCUUUGAGGCUUUAACUUGGGCUUGCCUCGAUUCCUUUUAUUAUUGGAAGUCAGAUAUCCCCCAAAAAGAAAGGAUGGGUUUCUAUUUGGCUGUGCUUGGGGGCAAAGUCAGAUGGGCAGCUGGGUACCUGUUUAGAGCUCUACACAUUGUCGAUAGCACAUGCUUCUCUGUCCCAGGUGUCCUAGUAUGGGCAAAUUACUAAGCAUCUCUGUAGGAUGGAGAUGAUAGGAAUUCACUGGGGAGAUGGCAUGAUAUAGCAGUGGAAUCCAGGCAGGCAGGUUUUAAACAGCUCAAUUACUGACCAGUUAAAAGACUCACUUUUCAGUCAAGAACUCUGUAGAAAUCUGAGACCCACCCAAAUCCUAGCUUUUAACUGUCUUCACUCCACCCCAAAGAUGCAAGUGAACUUCCUGUGCAUGGCAUAGCUAAAGAGAACUGAUUUCCUAGCAUUCUUCCCUAGUAAAAUCUUUCCCAAUAGAACAGAGUAUGUUCCCUUAAACCAAAUGAACAUCACACUGCUUUCUUUUUCCUGUGGCAAAAGAAACAAAUUUUAUAUAUAAAAAAAAAACCAUACACCCUUUUGCUUACCUAAUUUCAAGAACAACAACAACAACAAAAAUAUGCUACUCCUGAUCCAGAUGUUGUACCCUUCAUUUAUAAAUCCAGUGUUUUGUCCUCUUUGGAAAGACUGAGAACUGUGUGCUGAUUUCAUCCGUAUUCAAACUUGGCAAAUUCCAGAAAUGGAAAAAAGUCCACGAGAGUGUCUUGCUUUUGAGGAUAAAGGGAAAUGGCUUUGAAGAUGAGACAGUCUUUGUGGGGUUUGUUGUUGGUUUUUGUUUGUUUACUUGGUUUUUCUCACAUCUAGCAUAGAGGUCUCCAGCUCACAAGACUUUCAUGGAAAGGAUAAUAAUCAUGUUUGUAGAAAUCUCAUUCCCAGUGUCCUUUUCUGAUGGAAAGUUGACUAUAAGUUUUUUGUCCUAAGGACUAGGGACUCCUAAGUUGCGAGUUGUGGUUGGAGGUCCCAUCUCUUUACAGUGUCACUUCAAUCUGUUUAGUGUUUCUGAGCCUGGUUCCUUCAAGACACAGGAAUGAAGUGGAGCCACAGACACAGAGUUUCCCUGUUGUGUGUAUGUGCUGACCCUGAGAUAAGUGUAAGACAGGAAGAGUGCGGGGAGUAUGGGCUCGGUAGUUAACUCUGGGAUAUCUCAAGGAUGACUUUCUUUUUGGCUGUGCUCGGGGGUAAAGUCAGAUGGGCAGCUGGGUAACUGUUUAGAGCUCUACACAUUGUCGAUAGCACAUGCUUCUCUGUCCCAGGUGUCCUAGUAUGGGCAAAUUACUAAGCAUCUCUGUAGGAUGGAGAUGAUAGGAAUUCUCUGGGGUGAUAGCAUGAUAAAGCAUGGUGGAAUCCAAGAGCUCAGCACAAUGUCCAGCAACUGGUGUGUAUGGGCAAAUGUUCCAACUAUGACUGUCAGUGUGUGUUGUUACACAGCCCAGGAACUGGUAAGUGCCCUCACCAGAGAGCAUGGCAGGAAGCUUUACUCAGUGAGUAGCAAUGGCACUGGGCCCUGAUACACUCGUUUGCCAUCGCACCAUUCAGGAAGGAUCUCAAGUCAUACAGGUGAAAAUCCUUAAAGACGCUAUGAUUUGAACCCUGGAGUCACAGCUGGUCUGAAACAAGUAUUAGAACCUCCAGAGUGUUUAAUUGGCUAUUGAAGUGUUUUUAAUGACCCUUCAGUUCUUACAAUAUGUUUAACAUUGUGCUAAAUAAGUGCUCUUCUGGAUUUUAUUAGAGUUUCUCAGAAACCCUAAUAGGCAAGUAUUAUCUUGGUUUUGCAGAUGUGAAAGCUUAGACUAUGAACCAUAUGAUAUUCCAAACCAAAUAAGCUUGCUGCCAUGGUCUAGGGAGAGGGUACUGUCAUGGGCAAAUGUUACAUUGGAUAUCACAUUGUAUAUUUGCUGAGUCUCUUUCCUAUAGGUUUGCUGAGCAUGGCUGCAGUUUCUCUGAUAUUAUAGAUUUCCUACCUAACCAGGUGCCCAGAACUAAAACGCCAGCAGCGUGGCAUCAGAAUAUCACAACAUGACUUCACGAUGCCAGAAUCCUUUUUACUUGAGCACUUGAGUAGAAAUAGGAAUAGCUUUAAAGAAAAAGACAGAUUCCCUAAAGAAAUUUGGAGAUAUGACAUCACUCCCUAGCAGAGCAUAUUAGAAGAAAGCAAGCUACCAUACAAUAAUUUUCAGUUUCUAAGACAGCCAAGUGGAGAACUCAUCACAAGAGACAGGAAAUGUGGCUUGUUCAUAGAAUGAUGGUACUGUGACUUCAAAACUUGAGUGUUCAAAUCUUGAGUGUUCAGGAAUCUGCCGGGACACUGGGCAGUUUCUCAAUUUAUGUGUACACUUGGAGAGAAAAGAAUGUAUUUGAACAAAAUGACUGGCUUUCACAAAAAUGUCUUGCCUCUUUUGAACACUACACUUGAUGCUAGAAGUAUGGCUUAAGAACACGUGAUGCCUCGGGAGACCUAUGCACACACCAGACUGCCAUCUUAGUACCGCCACUCUUGUAAAGGCACAUAUUGGAACACAUCCAGUCCUGCUGACGUGUAGAUAAUUAUUUUUCUCUAAAUGAACUGUACAUUUAUCUUAAAUAAAAAUUUAUUUUUGA